CAGAAGUUUAUUUAUCAUUCCGCUUGGUCCGGUUUAGUUGUUAGGUGGUCGGUUAGUCUGUGUCCGGGGCUGGGUUUCUCUUUUACCCAAGAAGAGGGGUUGAAAUCAGAGUUUCAAGCAUGAUGAGACAAAGACACUGACUUAACACUGUUAAAUAAUGUUUUAAAAACUUUCAAAACUAACCAUGGCUAUAAGGGAGCUCAAAGUUUGCCUUUUAGGGGACACUGGAGUUGGGAAAUCCAGCAUUGUUUGCCGAUUUGUUCAGGAUCAUUUUGACCACAACAUAAGUCCCACAAUAGGGGCAUCGUUCCUAACCAAAACAGUGCCAUCAGGAAAUGAACUACACAAAUUUCUGAUCUGGGAUACAGCCGGACAGGAAAGGUUUCACUCAUUAGCGCCUAUGUACUACAGGGGAUCGGCUGCUGCUGUCAUUGUCUAUGACAUUACUAAGCUGGACUCUUUCCAGACACUGAAGAAGUGGGUGAAAGAGCUUAAAGAACACGGUCCAGAAGACAUUGUGGUAGCCAUAGCAGGAAACAAGAAUGAUUUAGGAGACAUCAGGGAAGUUCCUAUGAAGGAAGCUAAGGAGUUUGCUGAAUCAAUUGCAGCUGUUUUCAUCGAGACUAGUGCCCGAAAUGCUGUCAAUGUUGAGGAGCUCUUUCAGAAAAUCAGUAAACAGAUCCCACCCCUGGAAAAUCCUGAGGUAGAGAGCAACGAGUCCUUUAAACUCACCCGGCAGCCGUCUGUGUCCGCCAGAAGAUGCUGCUAGUACCAGCAGUGGCUGAUGGGAUUACGUCCCUCAGCACCAGGAACCCCAACAGCACAGCACAUGGUCCACAAUGCACACAGCGUCUUACUCCUGGAAAUGACAAGAAAGUGGACAGACAGAGGUCAGGUUGGACGUGUGGUCAACUGCAACACGAAACAACAAUAUUUUCUAGAUUAUUGAUCAUUUAUUUCAAUUAAUUGUCACAGUUUCAACUCCAGAAGUAGAAAGCCCUUCAUUUUGUCUCCCUCAGGUGGUGUUUUGCCUGAAUUACAUAAUGAUUUACAUCUGUAGUGUUAUACUACACAGCUCAUUACAAAGAGACGGUUUUAUCGCAUUUUCCAUGAUAACUUUAAAAUUCAGCAUACAAAAUUCAGCAUAAAAUUCAGCAUAACAAGUGAUUUAACUGAUGGGAUUUGUAAAGCCAUGUGUUAGCUGUUGCAACUACAUUUACAUGUAAAGACUUAACUGCUCCGUAGAUUUUUUACUGCACUGUGGCUCUUAAAUGGCACACAUAUAAUUAAAUUAGUAUUUUUAUGGAGCCUUUGUGUACAUUUAUGUAUCACUCUUGUAUAGAAUUGUAUUAGAAUAUUCUGAAUAAGAAUAUUACAUAUAUAAUAUAACAAACAUUCAGUUCUGUGUCUCAAAUGCAGCGGCUUUACAUUCCACUUCAUCAUGUGUUUUCACACACUUUGACUGUAUAAUGGUUUAACUGUAAUGCUGCAGAAUGUAUAGCUUAGUGGCCUAAAUUUAAAUUCCAAUAUGACACCCCCUGUUGAAACACUGUGACCAAUACUAUAAUUGUUUACAUGGUAAUUUGCUAAAGAUGUUUUCUACAUGCUGAGAUGUAUUGUCUGGGAUUUCACUACAGGGAAUGACUGUUACAACAUGUAUUUUUUAUUCGUAUUUUUUACCUAACAAGAGAAAAGACUUGCAUGUAUUUUACUCUAAACAUGUCUAAAGCUGUUAGUUCCAAAAGGGUUGUAUUCUAUUUACCAACCAAACUCUGAAGGAACAUAUAGCCCUAAACCAAUCAAUUUAGCUUGCAAAGUGUGUAAAAUCAAGUGUAAACUAAAAUUAUACAUACAGUAUUUGCUGCUGUUAAUUUGGCAGUAAAGCCCUUGGAUUUGUCACUUGAGAUGUAUAACCGCACUUUUGUAUACAUUUAACAUUGUUAAUUUGAAUUCAUUUUUGUAAGUGUUGAAACUGUUACAGAAAUCUUAACUGCAUUUUUUUUAACCGUAAAGGAAAGUUUGCUUGGAUACAACAAGGUUUUAUUAUGUAACAGUAUUUCUGGUUCUACAUGUCAAUAGCUUAAAACACAUUUAUAUUUGUACUUAAGUUAGUUAGUGCACAUUAAAAAAUAAUUUAAAAAUGUACAAUCUUUACCAACAUGUAUGACAGGAUAAUGGAGUUCAAUUCAUAGUUUGUAAUGCAAUUAAAGUCUAAUUUUGCUCAUAUGUACUGUUGUCAAAAUCACACCAAACUCUUUUCUUAAAUUCUCAAAUGAAUGGGGCCUUGCUUCCACUUAAGUUUAAUGCAGUAAUUGGUUGGAAUUGAAUUAGAAGUUGCUUUGUGGGCCAGAUGUGCAGUAUGGAAAUUUUUUAUAAAAGUAUUUGUGUGCACAUCCCACCUUCUGGGAGAUGCAGGACAAAUGAGAAAUACUAAAGUGAAAUAAUUGUAAAGUCCCCAACACUGCUUUAAGCUCCCAUAGUUUCAUACAAAGGCAACAUCUUCUUCUUUUGCCUGAAGAAGGGUCGAAAUGUCGAACCUUUGUAUUAUAUUAUUGGUGCUUAAAGCAGUGUUGCGGACAUUACAUUUUUUUUCACUUCAGUAUGUCAAAUUUACCACCACAUUUAUAAAUAUUUCAUUAAAUACAGUAUAUGUAUUUUCCAAUACAGUUUGGCAUGAAAUUACCUCUUUACAAGAUAUGACAUAUAAUUUGUUUUGAAUUUUUACAAGAGGUUACAUGUUGGGAUGUUGGGACAUUGGGAUGAGAUUUCCAAGUAUAAUCGUUGCCACACAAGUGCCCUUUUUAUGUUUUUACUAAACAAAUGUAUGACAUGGCUUAAAAGUGCUAGAAUAAUGAACUGAAUUAUUUGAUCAGUACAGACUAAUUGUACGCAUGACGUCAACUUUAAAAUUGUCAGUUAUCUGCAGUCAUUCUUUUACUGUAAGCUGUCAUGCUUCCCUAUAUCUUCUUAAAAUCAGAUUAACUUUUGUAUAUUAAUCUGUUGAAUAAAGUAUUGAUUAUUCUA